CUUCUUCUUCUUCUUCUGGAUUUGUCGAGAUAGACUACCCCGAGUAUACGGAGUUAUCGGGGGCCGGUUGCAUGAUCAGCAACGUAGAGGAUUAUGCGAAGUGGGUACGAUGCAUGAUGGAUCAGAGCAGGCCAUUGAGCAGAGACGGACAUGCAGCACUUGUGGAGCCGCGGGUAGUGACGAUGACCGGGGCGACGAAUCCGUUCCCGGGGCCGCAUCUGUAUGCGCUUGGGUGGCGGGUGGAUUACUACCGGGGGGAGAAGGUUGUGUGGCAUACGGGGAGUAUUGGGGGGUUUGGGUCGGUGAUGAUGUUUCUCCCUGGGCGGGACUGGGGACUGGUUGUCAUGGGGAAUUCGACGGUGACGAGUAAUCAGAUGCAGCAGGUUUUGUAUAUGGCUUUGUUGGAUGGGUUAUUGGGGACGCCGGUUGGGGAGCGGGUGGAUUGGGGAGCGGUUAUUAGGGAGAAGCAGGAGAGGCGGAGGGAGGAGUUGGCGUGUGUGAGGAAUCGCCUGUAUCCGGUUUUGCCUUGUCCGGUUUUGAGGCCGGCGUUGGAGAUUGGGGAGUAUGCUGGGGUUUAUUGGCAUCCCGGAUAUGGAGCUAUGGAUUUGGGGCCUGAUGUGGAGGGGAAGGAGCUGGUUGCUGAUCGGCGGAGUCAGGAGUUUAGUAUGAUGAUUGCGUUGGAGCAUGUUAGUGGGGAGUUUUGGUUGGCGAGGUUGCAGGAGAAGUAUACAGAUCCUCGCGAUCAUGAGGUUGUUCGUGCUGAGUUCAGACUUGGUCCGGAGGGAGUGAGAGAAGUUGGUGUCGAUCUGGAGCCGACGAUGGAUGGGGAGUUGAUCUGGUUUCGCAGGGUAAAUUGAUUCUCUGUAAUAGUUACUAUAUCUACUGAUGUCGGAUUCUCAAGUCAAAUUAUUAACAAAAGAGCAGAACGUAAGUCAUCUUGAGCAU